UUUUCCUUUUCUAAGGUCUUUUCCUGCUCGUCGUCGUCUUCUUCUCCACUCGCCUGCCUGCGCGGCCUGACCAAUAGACCGACCGGGAAAGUGGAAGCAGCAGCCGCGGCGGCUAUGGAGGGAACGGCCGGGAGGGAGAGGGACCCGCUCCUACGCUCCGAGAUCCACGGCUUCAUCACCUACGCAGACUUGAACUUCGAGAAGCUGAAAGCAGAGGCCGCGUCGCGCUGGUUCCGGCCGAAUGAGAUCUACGCGGUCCUGGCGAACCACGAGAGGUUCAAGGUCCAUGCACAGCCCAUUGACAAGCCCGUGAGUGGUACUAUUGUUCUAUAUGAUCGUAAAGUUGUCCGGAACUUUCGGAAGGAUGGCCAUAAUUGGAAGAAAAAGAAGGAUGGCAAAACUGUCCAAGAAGCGCAUGAAAAAUUAAAGAUUGGUAAUGAAGAGAGGGUUCAUGUCUAUUAUGCUCGAGGUGAGGAUAAUCCAAAUUUCUUUAGAAGGUGCUACUGGCUACUUGACAAAGAGGCUGAACGGAUAGUUCUUGUGCAUUAUCGUCAAACAUCUGAGGAAAAUGCCAUAGUACAUCCAAGCACAGAAGCCGAAGCCGAAGUGCCUACAAUGAAUGUGAUUCAGCAUUAUACCUCUCCUCCGGUUUCAGCAAACUCAGCCUCAGUUCAUACCGAGAUAUCGUUCUCCCCUCCUGCACCAGAGGAAAUUAAUUCACAUGGUCACAGUGCGAUUUCUAGUGAAACUGGCGGCUCUAGUCUGGAAGAGUUCUGGGUGCAUCUGUUGGAGUCAUCUAUGAAAAAGGAUACUUCUUCUGGUGCAUCCGUGGCAUUUAGUCAGCAGAUUAAACGCGGACUGAAGGAUUCUGGAAAUAACAUGGACUACGCAAAUAAUGUAAAUGCGAACCACGCUGGAGCUCUGGAACAUCAAUUAGACCAAUCUCAAUAUCCUUUAACAUCAGAUCUCGAUUCUCAGUCACAGCAAUUUGCAAUUUCUUUGCGGAAAACUCCAGUGGAUAGUGACAUUCCUAAUGAUGUGCCUGCUAGGGAGAAUAGUCUCGGACUGUGGAAGUACUUGGAUGAUGACAGUCCUUGCCUAGGGGAUAAUAUAGUGAGCAAUGAAAAAAUCUUCAACAUCACUGAUUUCUCCCCAGAAUGGGCUUGUUCCACAGAGCAUACCAAGAUCUUGGUGAUUGGGGAUUACUAUGAGCAGUACAAGCAUCUGGCUGGUUCCAAUAUUUACGGUAUCUUUGGUGACAACUGUGUUCCUGCAAACAUGGUCCAAACUGGUGUUUACCGUUUCAUGGUUGGACCACAUACAGCUGGUCGAGUGGAUUUUUAUUUGACUUUGGAUGGGAAAACACCAAUCUCUGAGGUUUUGAAUUUUGAGUAUCGUAGUAUGCCUGGCAAUUCAUUGCAUAUUGAGUUGAAGCCGCCAGAAGAUGAGUACACAAGGUCAAAGCUUCAGAUGCAGAUGAGACUAGCUCGUUUGCUGUUUGUUACAAACAAGAAGAAGAUAGCACCAAAGCUUCUCGUGGAAGGCAGCAAAGUUUCCAAUCUCAUAUUGGCAUCACCAGAGAAGGAAUGGAUGGAUAUGUGGAAAAUUGCUGGCGAUUCUGAAGGCACUUCUGUUCAUGCUACUGAAGACUUGCUUGAAUUAGUUUUACGAAAUAGAUUGCAAGAAUGGCUUCUGGAAAGAGUAAUUGGAGGCCAUAAGUCUACUGGUCGUGAUGAUCUAGGACAAGGACCUAUCCAUCUGUGUUCUUACCUUGGCUAUACCUGGGCUAUCCGCUUGUUUUCUGUGUCUGGAUUCUCCUUGGAUUUCCGUGAUUCUUCUGGUUGGACUGCUUUACACUGGGCUGCAUACCACGGAAGGGAAAAAAUGGUUGCUGCUCUGUUAUCUGCUGGAGCCAAUCCAAGCUUGGUUACGGAUCCUACUGCAGUGUCUCCUGGUGGAAGCACUCCUGCAGAUCUGGCAGCAAGACAAGGUUAUGUGGGCUUAGCUGCAUAUCUUGCUGAGAAAGGAUUGACUGCACAUUUUGAGUCAAUGUCACUGUCCAAGGGUACCGAGCGAUCACCAUCAAGGAUGAAACUAAAAAAAGUACAUAGCGAGAAGUUUGAGAACCUUACUGAACAAGAACUUUGCUUAAAAGAAUCUUUAGCGGCCUAUCGAAAUGCUGCUGACGCUGCCAGUAAUAUCCAAGCUGCACUUCGGGAUAGAACUCUUAAACUCCAAACAAAAGCAAUUCUUUUGGCCAAUCCUGAGAUGCAAGCAACUGUGAUAGUUGCUGCUAUGAGGAUUCAGCAUGCAUUCCGGAACUACAACAGAAAAAAAGAGAUGAGAGCUGCUGCACGAAUACAAAAUCAUUUCCGCACGUGGAAGGUUAGAAGGAACUUUACGAACAUGCGAAGACAAGCUAUCAGAAUACAAGCUGCAUACCGAGGCCAUCAAGUGAGACGUCAGUACCGUAAGGUAAUAUGGUCUGUUGGAGUCGUGGAGAAAGCCAUUUUGCGAUGGAGAAAAAAGAGAAAAGGCUUGCGUGGCAUUGCAAAUGGAAUGCCAAUAGAAAUGACAGUGGAUGUAGAAGCUGCAAACACUGCAGAGGAAGGUUUCUUCCAGGCCAGCCGGCAACAAGCGGAGGACAGGUUUAAUAGAUCAGUGGUACGUGUUCAGGCUCUGUUUCGUUGUCAUCGGGCACAGCAUGAGUACCGGAGGAUGAGGAUUGCUCAUGAGGAGGCCAAGCUGGAGUUCAGUAAAGAGCAGCAGCAGGCGCCGGCAUGCAGGAGGUGAAGUAGCUUCUAGGGGCCAUGUAAUUCUUGUAUUGUACAUUAAGAAAAUCCACAACUUUCUAGUGCUGCUCUACAUUUUAGGACCAUCUGAUUGAUGCUUUUGGCCGAAUCUGGUGUAUGUAUUUGCUGCUAGCAUGUUACCGUGGUUUGCAAUUUGCCUGGUUUUAGCUAUGGCAUUGUGCUUGUAGGUGCAUGUAGAUGCUGGUACGGAUCAUGUUGUAAAGGCUAACAAUAAGUGCCACCUGGGCCAAUGACCGAAUAGGAUAUUUACCUUGACAUUUCAUAUUUUAUUUUCA